CUGGACAACAACUACUUGAGUCAGGGGUUCACGUCCCCCCCACCAUGCGGGCAAGGCUACAUCACAUACCGCAGCAACUGUGCGGACACGCCAGCAGAGGGCCUUGCGUGUGCAGACAGCCCUCAGAAGACUGACCCCGUCUGCACUGCCUUCUGUGGCGUGUCUGGCGUCUCCUCCCCCCCUGUGGAAGCCUGCAACGGCCAUGGCGUGUGCUUCUUGGACGGCCCCAGCAACACGCCCACGUGCCUCUGUGACGAUAACUACGUGGUUGGGGAGUUACCCGGCAGCUGCGUGGCCGUGGCAGGUGGUAGGACGGAGCAGGAUUUGACGCCCACAGCAGCCAUGCUCACAGCCACUGGCGACGCCUCAGUGAAUGCAGCCACGCUCACUCUCACGCCCGCCCAGCCGUCCAAGGCUGGCAGUGUGUUCCUGGCAGCGCGCGUGCCGCUCUUCUCCUACCAGCUCAUCGGGGACACCUGCGGCCGCCAGCUCGCCUUCUCCUCCUCCUUCUCCUUCACUCUCACCCGCCCAGCUGCCUCCGGCUCCGAAGGGUUUGCCUUUGUGGUGACCUUUGAUUCGACCACGCCCACACCACCGGUGGCGGGCGGCAUGGGGUAUGCGGGGAUGGGAGUGCGCAGCGUGGCAGUGGAGUUUGACACGUCGAUGGAUGCGGGCAACAGCGACCCUGACAGCAACCACGUGGGCAUCAACACCGGCGGCAAUGUCACGUCGGUGGUCACAGCCAAGCCCAGCACCCCUCUCAAUGACGGCACGCCCAAGCACGUGUGGAUCGAGUACAGCCCUUCCUCCGAUGGCUCCCUCCGCGUUUUCCUCUCCUCCCAGGCGUCCCCUCGCCCCACCACCCCCCUCCUGUCGGCACGCAUCUCCCUGUGUGAGGAGCUCGCCCCAACUACAUCGGAGUACACCUUUGCCAUCGGCUUCACUGCUGCCUCCGCCACCCAGCCUCAAACCCAUGUCGUCUCCGCCUGGCACCUCUCCACAUAUUUUCCUGUUCAGCCAACUCCAGCAUCUCUUCCCUUCACAAUGCUCAUCAUGUCCACCAUGUGUAACCUCUUCUCGAUCGCAGAUGCAGCGCUGGGCUUUACCUUUACCGAGGCGGCGCUCUCUCUAUCGGGGAUGAAUCUCUUCUUCCGCUAUGCCAGCUCGGGCAGUACUGCUGCUGAGAAUGGCAAUGACGUGUAUGGUGUGCGCCCUGCAGCUUCAUGGGCCAGGCCUGACUUCACAUGGCCUGUCAGGACACAGACCACUUGCGGCGACUGCUGGGCGUACGCAGUGAUGGGCAGCAUAGAGGCGGCGUACAGCAUUAUGGCCAACUUAGCAGUGGUGCAGCCGCUGUCAGUGGAGCAGCUGAAGACCGUCAUGAAGGUCAACUGCUCUGGCAGCACGCCCUCUCAGGCCUUCCAGCUGCUGCUCAAGCUGGCGCAAAAGGGAGGCGGGCUCGUGUUGGAGAGCCAGGGGGCGGCCACGAAAGGCAAGAAGGCCGUCGUGAAGGCAGGCAGCAGCAGUCCUCUUUGCUCUCCGUUGCUGAAGCCACUGGCAAAGCUGCUCGGUGUGUCGGGCUUUGAGUCGACGUCCUUCUACGGCUGGUUUGGGCUGCUGCUGGCCGUGCAGCGGCAGCCAGUGGUGGUGCACAUUGAGGCUUCCGCCGACUCGUUUAAGAACUACGAUGGGGACCCAGCGUGCUUCACAUACAACCUGAACCACGUGGUGCUGCUGGUGGGGUACCGCCUGGUGGGCAAGGACUCGCGCUUCCCCCACAUGGCGCCGCCCUUCUGGAUCAUCCGCAACUCAUGGGGGCCUGACUGGGGCGAUGGGGGCCACAUGCGCAUGGACAUCCAGGGGGGGGAUGGCGUGUGCGGCAUCAACUCGCUGCCAGGCCUCUACCCUGUUGUUAGAGCCAAAGACCCGUGCAACAAAGCCGCCCGUGGUGAUAACACUGGUUCGCUCUUCAAUCCCUGCGGCAAGUUCACCUGCACUGCGAAGGGCACGACAAACGAGUGUGACUGCAACGACCCGCGCUUCAUCCAAGCAACCAACGCCGAUGGCUCUCGCACAUGCGCCUACAUUGAAGCCCUCUCAGUGCUUGUCUCCUCUCACACCAUUCUCACAGCCGCAGUGUCCUCUCAUUCCUCCCCUUCCGUCUUGCUCUCCUCCCUUCCCCUUCCAUCCCACCCAUCUCCUCCCUCACUUCCCCUCCCUCCACUCCUCAACCCUUCCCUCCCCACCUCCUCCCCACCCCUCACUUCCCUCCCCUCCUCUCCCUCCCGUCCCCGUUCUCCACUGUGCCCCUCAUCAGAGGAUGCAUGCAAAGCAGCCCAGCGCAAUCCGUGUGCGGUGGGGCAGUGUGUGAAUGACGGGGCGGGGUCGUACUCGUGUGUGUGUCCACCGGGCUUCAGGCAGGGCACCACCGUCGAGGGCACCUACUCCUGUGCUCCAGGUGGCAACAGCACCACCUACACUGUGCUCUCUGCCAACGUCCGCUGCUCCGAUGUCUUCCCAGUCUACGGCCUCACACUCACCGAAUUCCAAUCCCAGAACCCAUCGGUGUCGUGUGCAGCACCCAUCCCACCCUCCACUGUGCUCAAAGUGGCCAGCCCAGCCUCUCUCAUCCCCUGCUCCGUCUUCUACACCACUCAGCAGGGCGACACCUGUGCGGACCUAGCCACGUACUUCAUAGUGGCCUGGUCCUGCUUAUGGGACCCUGACAGCUGCCUGCCAGCCUUCCAGGCGCUCAACCCCAGCUUGGACUGCACUGCCAACGGCGGGCUGCUGCAGCCCGGGCAGACAGUGUGUGUGGAGCGCAUAAAGAAUAAUGUGGGGCUCAUCCCGGUGUGCUCGCAGUACUACCUGGUGCAGAGCGCAGAGACGUGCGAGUCCAUCCGCAAUGUGCCCUACCCCCCUCUGGCCCCCAAGGAGUUCUUCCGUCUCAACCCCGGCAUCAAGUGCGACCGUCUCAUUCCAAACACCGACGUCGACGGCUUCACUGGCUUUGAGGCAUGCAUAGCGAGCUCCACGUCGUACACUCAGGGCACGUGCCCGCGUGCGAAUGCGUAUGUGGUGGGGACAGGCGACAGGUGCACGGGCCUUCAGGUGAAGUUCUUCCGGGGCAUCAAGGGCUGCUACAGGAAAGUCAACGGAUACGACUGCAUCGACAAGCUCGUCAAAUCAACCCGCGUGUGCCUGCCUGACAAAGUCAAGCUUAAGAAGGGAAAGUGCGACAACUGA